AUGUCCUCCCCUUCAACAAAGGUGGCCAGCCAUCCCCCACCGUCUCCACCGUCAUCAACCCCCAAUCCCGCCCGCCAACCCCUCCCCCUCUCCGCCAGUCAAGAACAACAAGUCCGCGACCUCUACUACAAGCGCGUGCGAACAAAAUGCGCAGACGAAGUGAGAGACUUCGCCGCCUGCUGCACCAACCGCACCUUCACCGCCACCCUCUUCUGCCGCACGCAGCAAAAAGCGAUGAACAAGUGCAUGAUGCAGUACGCGACGCCCGAGGAGAUGGAUGCCGCGCGCGAGGAGUGGUUUGCGGGGACGGAGAAGAGGCGGGAGGAGCGGGAGCGCAAGGAGGAGAAGAGGAAGGUGGACGAGGCUUUUUGGCGGGAAUGGUGGGCUAAGGAUCGGGAGGGGGAGGGGAAGAAGGGGUGA